AUGUUUGCAGAUGAUACGACGCUCGCUGUGUGUGGCAAAUCCACACAUGAAAUUUCGUCUGCUUUGAAUCAUGAUUUAAAUAAUGUUAACGAUUGGCUAAUGGCUAAUAAACUUUGUUUGAACCUUAGCAAAACGGAAUAUAUGCUAAUAGGAUCCAGGCACAGCAUCAAUAAUCUUGUUGAAAAUCCUUGUAUUUCUGUUUAUGGUAAACUUUUGAACCGAGUGAUAGUGACUGGGUCUCUAGGAAUUCAUAUUGACCAAUUUCUCUCCUGGGAUUUCUAUAUUGAGAAAUUGACAAAGAAAAUUCCUAGUGGCAUUGGAGCGAUUUCUAGGUUAAAACCGUUUGUAUGCAGAAAUACUCUUAUUUCUGUCUACAACGCUUUAGUUCAAACAUAUUUUGAUUAUUGUUGUGAGGUGUGGGAUCCGAUUGGCAGUGUUUUAUCUGAUAAAUUGCAGACUCUUCAAAAUCGGGCAGCAAGAAUAAUUAUGGGUUACCCAAAUGAGCACGGAUGCUCAGAAGUUGCUUUGACUGCGCUCGGGUGGAAAACACUUAAGAAACGUCGAUUUGAAUCUAAAGCCAGACUCAU